AUGACUCGCAUAAGAAAACUCGGCACCGUCACUCUCACCGCCAUUGCCGCCGCGUAUGGCAGCGCUGUCAUCCUGCACGAUCCUCUCGUAUCCGUCAACGACUACGGAGGCGGUUCCCGCCUCGAGGCCCUCCGGAAGAAGGUGCAUGACCCCAGCGCCGUCGUGCCGACCAGGAAGGCGCAGCAAUCUGCCCUCGCAGCCGCUGGCAAGUCCAAUCCGCUAGACGUUCUAGUUAUCGGAGGCGGUGCCACCGGUUCCGGCGCCGCGCUCGACGCCGUUACUCGAGGACUCCGCGUCGGGCUCGUGGAGCGGGAGGAUUUCGCAGCCGGAACUUCGUCUCGGUCCACGAAACUCCUUCAUGGAGGUGUUCGAUACCUGGAGAAAGCUGUCUUCAACCUUGACUAUGGGCAAUUCAAGUUAGUGCUUCAUGCACUUGAAGAACGGAAACAGGUUAUUGACAAUGCACCACACCUAUGUCAUGCAUUACCAUGCAUGACACCAUGUUUUAGCUGGUUUGAAGUAGUGUACUACUGGAUGGGCUUGAAAAUGUAUGAUUUGGUCGCAGGAAGACAACUGUUGCACUUAUCAAGAUAUUAUUCUACAAAAGAGUCAGCCGAUCUCUUUCCCACUCUGGCAAAGAAGGUUAAAGACAGAUGUCUAAGGGGCACUGUCGUUUAUUAUGAUGGGCAGAUGAAUGAUGCACGGCUUAAUGUUGGAUUGGCUUGCACUGCUGCUUUAGCUGGUGCGGCAGUGCUGAACCAUGCUGAAGUUGUAUCCUUACUGAAAGAUGAUGAUGGAGAACGGAUAAUUGGUGCACGAAUUCGGGACAGUUUAACUGGCAAUGAGUUUGAUACAUAUGCAAAAGUAAUUGUGAAUGCGGGUGGACCAUUUUGUGACUCUAUAAGGAAAAUGGCCAACAAAAAUGCACAGCAAAUGAUUUCUCCCAGCAGUGGAGUGCACAUUAUACUCCCUGAUUAUUAUUCUCCCGAAGGAAUGGGCUUAAUUGUCCCUAAAACUAAGGAUGGACGUGUUAUUUUUAUGCUGCCAUGGCUGGGAAGAACGGUUGCUGGAACUACAGAUUCUAGUACAAGCAUUACUUAUCUGCCAGAACCACACGAAGAUGAAAUACAAUUUAUAUUGGAUGCCAUCUCUGAUUACCUUAAUGUUAAAGUACGCCGAGCUGAUGUUCUUUCUGCUUGGAGUGGCAUUCGCCCCUUAGCAGUGGACCCAACAGCCAAAAAUACUGAGAAUAUCUCAAGGGAUCAUGUUGUCUGCGAGGAUUACCCUGGUUUAGUCACCAUUACUGGUGGCAAGUGGACUACCUAUCGAAGCAUGGCAGAAGAUGCUGUUAAUGCAGCUAUAAAGUCUGGAAAUCUGGCCCCCACCAGUAGAUGUGUGACCAACAAUCUUCGGCUUGUUGGUGGUGAAGGGUGGGAGCCUUCAUCUUUUACAGUUCUUGCUCAACAGUAUACACGCAUGAAAAGUACAUACAGUGGUAAAGUUGUUCCUGGGGUAAUGGAUUCUGCUGCUGCAAAGCACUUGUCUCAUGCAUAUGGAACAUUGGCUGAGCGUGUGGCUGCCAUUGCUCAGAAUGAAAAUUUAGGUAAACGACUUGCCCACGGUUAUCCUUAUCUGGAGGCAGAAGUGGCCUACUGUGCUCGUAAUGAGUAUUGUGAAUCUGCCGUUGAUUUCAUUGCAAGGAGGACUCGUCUUGCUUUCCUUGAAACUGAUGCAGCACGAAAAGCAUUGCCUCGUGUAAUUGAGAUAUUGGCAAAUGAGCACAAGUGGGACGAUGCAAAGCAGAAGGAAGAGUUGGAGAAGGCUACAGAAUUUUUGAAGACUUUUAAAUCCUCCAAAAAUGCUAAGUUCCAUGAUGGGAAGCACAGUUAG